GGUUCGGCGCGGCGCACUAUACUUCUUCAGCUUCUUGGUACUUCUCAGAUUUUCGCGUAGUUGCCUUUGACUGUUUCGCGUACAUACAUUGUUGUCCUUGUAAUGCAGAGUAGUCCAAAGUGGAGUACGAGAAUAAUCGAAAAAAUGUAUCUUUCGCUAAGCUGGAGUGCGAUGUUGCACACUGUGUUUGCCGAGUCUUACGCCUGAGUGAACCGCCGGAAUCUCGAACGAUUCUACAUGAUCUAGAAAUUGAAAUCCUCUAAUAUGCCUGUAAUGCUUGUAAUCGUCGAUUGUAGAUUGAAGUAGACUCAUGAUACUGUGACGUGCCUUUGCGGAUCUGAAAUUUACUCGGGAAAGUAGACUCGAUACCAUCCAAGACAGAUUCCUCCAAUAAUUUUGUAUCGACAUCCAAAUCAUUUACCUGUCAGUGUGUUGGAUGUGGAUUUUCUUAGUUAAAAUCGUUACAAUUGAAACAAAAUUUGUAAGAAAAGAAAUUCAAAAUGGAAUCAGCUAUAGCUGGACGAAGGCGAACUGCUACACGGCAUUCUGCAGAAGACCAAGCACUUGAUCAAAUAGCUAAGGAGGCAGAAGCAAGACUGGCUGCUAGGAGACAGGCAAGAGCAGAAGCCAGGGAAAUACGAAUGCGUGAAUUAGAAAGACAACAAAAAGAGGCAGAAGAGAAUGCUGAUAGGGUUUACGACAUAUGUGCAGUUGAUAUAAAUAGAACCAUGAGAGUAACUCCAGAUCCAGUACGUACAUCGCGACUUCUUACAAAUUCCAAUAAUUUCCAAUCGAGUCGUAGAUCUUCAGAAGAUUCAUUGGAAGAUGCAGGAUUAAGCAGAGAUAUUAGGCUGGAAUUAAAAGAAUUUGAAGAAAAAUUUAGAAAGGCUAUGAUAGCUAAUGCUCAAUUAGACAAUGAAAAAUCAUCUUAUGCCUACCAAGUUGAUUUGUUAAAAGAUAAAUUGGAAGAAUUAGAGGAAACCACUACACAAUUACGUAGAGAAUUAAGAGAAAAAAAUCGAGAUGUUGAACAAUUAAAACGGGUCAGUCAGCGAUUGAAAGAAGAUUUAGAUAUUUGCAGAGCGCAAUUACUAGAAAGAGAUACACUUAUACAAGAAAACGGUUUAGUUAUUGUUGAUAAUAAGGAAAAUGAAGAUGAGGAUAACGAAAAUAUUGAAAAUGAAUUAUGUCAUAAAAAGAAGAUAUUAGUCAGUACAGAAGCUGCAGAAUUAUUAGAAACAGCUGGUAAAGGUUCACUAGAUAUUCGACUGAGGAAAUUUGCUUCUGAAAAAAAGGAAUUGCAAGAUGAGAUUCGCCAUUUAAGAUUGGAAUUAGAAGAAACUAGAAAUCGCAUGAGACCCGAAAAAUCAUCUGGUUCGAUAUUAGGUUUAUCAGAUAACGAAGAUAUUCAACGUGAAGCAAAUAAAUUAUUGGCCGAUUAUAAAUUUAAAUUACAAAAAGCGGAACAAGAUAUGUCUACAUUGCAAGCAACAGUAGCUAGACUAGAAAGUCAAGUAAUUCGUUACAAAUCAGCUGCAGAAGCAUCUGAAAAAGCAGAAGAUGAGUUGAAAGUAGAAAAAAGAAAGUUGCAGAGAGAAGUAAGAGAAACACAAAGUCGUGUAGAGGAAUUGGAGACAGCAAAUUCUCAUCUACAAAGGAGAUUGGAUAAACUUAAAAACGCUAAAUCGGCUCUUUUAAAAGAGCUUUGAGUUAAUGUUUGCAGAGAUGUACAAUAAGUCUGUUACUUAUACUUUGAACAAAUCGUAACCCGAUGUUGCCUCCAAUUAAUAUUAUUUAUCACUUUGAAUAUAAUUUACAAAGGCAAAAAUUACGUAUUAUCGUUAUAACAUUUUAUUAUGUAGCGAAUGUCAUCCAGACAUAAAAAAUUGCUGUGGAAAAGA